CUGCUGCUACUGGCCCCCAGGGAGGUGAGAGUGCCCCCUGCAGCAGCCGUGGGGGGUUACAACCACAAUCCUUCAUCGAUGCGAGCGGAGUUCGAUUGCUGCGGCCUGCCGCGGGGUGGUGAGGUGGGGGCGGGGACUGGCAGGGAGGGAGGGGGAGGGAGAGGGGUGACGGUUGGUUCCGAGCGACAGACAAGAGAGCGAGGGCGGAGGAAAGAAGCGAAAACACCCGGAGCGGUCCGGCGGGGGAAGAGCAGCGCCUUCCGGGGAAGCACCGGAGUAGGAGAAGGAACCUCCGGCGGCCCGCAGCGGGGAAUAAAAUUUUUAAAAUUACGCGGAGGUGGAGGAGAGAGCGGAGCGUACGAAACUGUCAUGGCCGCCACUGGGCCUCGUCUCCUAGCAACCGAUUGACCCCCCCGUGACCCCUGUAUGCUGCCAACAGCCCAACAUUGUGUUGACAGGACUGGGGUCCCAUUGCAGCAGCAUUAACUCAAUUUCAUUCAAAAUCACUACACCUGUCCCUAUUGUUGCAUAUAUAACUGCACAUCAAUGUGGAUGUUUCGAUAUUAGAGGUACACCUGUAACAUUUAUAUUUUGCUAACAAAAAAAUCUGGAGCUAUGCAGUCUGCUGCGGGCACUUCCCCUACUUGGGAGGCUGCAGGGCUGGCAGAGAGUGGAGGUGAGAGGAGGAACUCUGCUGGGAGCCCCCCUGCUGCCACCACAGCCACCAGCACCGUUGCUGCCAGCUGCACCAGCAGCUCCCCACUCAGUGCCAGCAGCCCCCUGCCGGAGAUGGAAGCCAACCCCCCGGCGGAGCCCAAGACCAGGCACAGACCCCCUCAGACCUUUGACCUCCUGAGCCUGGUGGUGGCUUUCAAGAGGCUAGAGUUCUUCGCAGAGCCGCUGUAUGAUGCCUGGGAGAUGGUGAAGUAUUUAAUCAGAUGGAAAGCACCGAAAUGCUCCAUGUUGUGUUGCAUCAUUCUCAAUGUGUUGUUCCUGACGCUUACAGAAGCUGGCUGGUUCAUUCUUCUCGCACUAGUUAUUUCUACCCCUGCUGUACUUGGGUAUUUGCAGAACUGCUGCCAGGAGCAGCUCAGUGAGCAAGCCCUCGCAAGACAGAAAAAUCACAGUGUCCGAAGAGAGGAUCUUCAAAAGGUUAAAAUCAGCAGACAGGAAGCUCUGGUUGAAAUCAAAGCUUUUUUAAUUCACCUGGAUGAGAUGGUGAACAAGACCUGUAGCAGCUGCGAGGCUGCAUACCGAGUCCUAUACUGGGAAGACCAUUCGCUAUCUGUCCUGUUUUAUGGGAGCCUGUUGGGAACCCUCUCCAUCGUUUAUUUCCUCCCACUCUGCUGGGUCAUGGUUCUUCUGAACAGUUUGUUAUUUCUGGGAAAUGCAGAUUUCUAUAGGGGGUCUGAAGCCAACACUUUCUGUAAGGAAGUAACUGUAGGAACCUUGGAGGAGCCAGAGGAACAGGAAGCAGAAGAUGAAUUUAAAGAUGCAAUAGAGGAGCAUCAGCUGCUGGUUACGGAGGAUGAUGAUGGUCCACAGUGCACUGGGGAUUAUGAUCUGACCAUGCAGGACAAUGGAUUUUUUAAUAAGAAUGAGCCCAUCAGGAGCAAAGUCUCCAAGUUGACUGAAAAACUGCGGAAGCGAUAUCCCACCAAUAACUACGGAAAUUGUAACAGCUGCAGUGCCACGUUUUCAGUUCUGAAGAAGCGACGUAACUGCAGCAACUGUGGCAACAGUUAUUGCUCGAGAUGCUGUUCAUACAAAGUUUCCAAAUCGUCAAUGGGAGCGACUGCCCCAGAUGCCCAACGGGAGAUGGUGUUUGUGUGUGCACAGUGCAACCUUAUUUUGAGCAAAUAGGACAAGGCAUCGGCUCUAUUUCUCCCCCCCACCCCCACCUUUUAAAUGUAAAUUUAAUUUUUACGUUUUAACUAAAAUGUACUGUAUCAGAGAACUGGAGAAUGGGCAUGAACGGUAUGUACUAUGAACUCUUCUGUAUUAAGGGAUUAGGGCUGCAGUCUGACGAUGAGAGCAAAACUGUUUCUGGAAUCCAUGUUUGUUUGUCAUAUAAACUGAAAUAAUAUAUAAUAUAUAUAUAUAUCUUCCCCUCUAAAUGCUGCUUUCUACUGUAAAUACCAUGGGAUUAGACCUUUUCAAUUUUCUUUUUGUAUCGAGUGCGGUGUAGAACACAAUUUAAAGAGUUGGUAAAACUCUCCAGCUCCCCUCAAACCAUGUUUCUUAAGAUUGUAUUUUAUGCUUUCCCUUUAGUUUGAUAUGUGUGAUGUAAGUCUGAUAUUUUCUCAAUAAAAGUGACACUGCAGAAAAAUAUCAGAAGAGCACCACAAGAUUUGUGACAUUGUGAGGUUUUUCCUGGAGUGUGGACAUUAGCUUUCAUUUUCAGAUUAUUAAGUCAUCACAUUGGUGUUCAAUAAUAGGCUUUUUUUCAAAAUGUUUUUUUUUAAAAGUUUCUCCAAAUUAUCCAAUUCAAAAAUUCAACCCAUCGUUGCUAUUUCAGCCUUUUGAAAAACUAUCCCAUUACUCCCAAUCUUCUGCUUUUUACCUACAGUUCUACAUGUAUCUCCCAUUCAUUUCCCUUUUUGAAAGUUCCUGUUCAAUCUGCUUUCAUGUCUCGUAUCUUUCCAGCCAGUUGCCUCAAACCUGGGUCUCUGGGUAUUGAUCCUUCAGGCAAUACAAGCAGUUUUGUCAGUCUUUC